UAAACAGUUCAUCAAACAACUCUCACUGAAAACAGAGUCGAGUUAAAAGAGGACUUUAAACCAAAAAAAGAAAGAUGGUUUUCAAGCUGUAUGGGUCUCCGAUGUCCACGUGCACCGCACGUGUGAAGGCGGUGCUGGAGGAGCUCAACCUUAAGUACGAGCUCAUCCCGAUCAACUUCGGCACCGGUGAGCAUAAGCAACCGCCUCACAUCCACCGCAACCCGUUCGGGCAAGUGCCGGCUUUGGAGGACGGUGAUCUCACGCUCUUCGAAUCAAGGGCAAUCACAAGGUACUUAGCAAACAACUACCAUAGCAGUGGAGCACCAGAUCUACUGAAGAAGAAUGACCGCAAGGCUGGAGGAGUAGUUAAUGUAUGGAUUGAGGUGGAGAGCCAGCAGUUCAACCCAGCCAUCUCCCCAAUCUUUUACCAGAUCUUUGUGGCACCACGCUUCGGCGCUGCCCCGGACCAGAACAUCAUAAAAGACAACGUAGAUAAACUGGCCAAAAUUCUUGAUGUUUAUGAGGCUAGACUUUCAAAGUGCAAGUACCUUGCUGGUGAUUUCUUCAGCCUUGCAGACCUGCAUCACAUUCCAUACACUUACUAUCUCAUGGCCACUCCUCAUGCAUCACUCAUCAAUUCUCGCCCUCAUGUUAAGGCCUGGUGGGAGGAUAUUUCCUCCAGAACUGAUUGCAAGAAGGUCACUGAUGACAUGCAGGCAGCUGCUGCCUCUGCUUCUAAAUGAGCCUUCAGAUCAUGCUUCUUGUUUGUUGCCUCCUUCCUUAAAUGAAAUGUGACUAAUAAAGAGCUUGUCCUUCUUAGACUUAGUUCUCCCUGGGAGUUGUUAUUGUUGUUGUUGUUGUUUUAAUCCAUAUGUAUCUUUGGAUGUCAUGUCUGUCUGGUGUUAUCUUUAUUUGAUUAUGUAAUAAAAAGAGUGGCUUCUUGUUUUUACCUAA